AUGCCUAAGCCAUGCGAGUGGAAGCGAAACUUUAUGUCCAGCAAUCCACCCGACGCGUCAGCAAACUCCGGCUUAUCGCGCUUAUCGCCAAGUGUGUCUCCUCCAAUCCCCCACUUUUCCGAUGACUGUCGACUUCUUGACGAUUUUGCCAGUUUCGUGCUAGGAUUGGACCUUUUAGAAAUGAGUGUCAAGCGCGUUCUGGUGAUCGCAGGCUCUGACAGCUCUGGUGGAGCUGGGCUUGAGGCGGACCAAAGGGUUCUCGCUGCUCAUGGCUGUUAUGCAUUGACAGCAACCACGGGCUUGACUGCCCAAAAUACAUUGGGUGUUCACGAUAUAUUCGUGGUUCCUUCUGAAUUCGUGAGAAAACAAAUCAAUGCCGGUUUGGAAGAUGUCGGCGCCGAUGUAGUCAAACUCGGGAUGCUCUCUUCGGCCGAGACUGUAGAUGUCAUCGCGGAGACCUUACAAGCCCAUCGUAUCCCUACGAUCGUGCUUGAUCCGGUUAUGAUCUCGACAAGUGGGUUUGAGCUUCUCCCUGCGAAAGCUGUGACAAAGCUCAGAACCAGUCUACUCCCGUUGACUACGAUUUUGACUCCGAAUAUUCCGGAAGCUCAACUUCUGAUCAAAGAUGCUGGUCUUGCAGCAUCCGAGCCGGAGAGUCUGGAUGAUCUGGUUGAUUUGGCCAAAAGGAUUUGCUCGCUGGGGCCGAAGGCGGUUCUUCUAAAGGGUGGACACUGUCCCCUUACCAAAGACCACAAGGUCGCACAGAGCUCUGAGGACUCGGCCAUCGUUAUCGACAUACUUUAUGAUGGUGAGACUGCGGAGACAACCUUCUUCGAGACAGAGUACCUGGUGUCCAAGAACACUCACGGAACCGGCUGCUCUCUUGCUUCAGCCAUCGCAGCCAACCUGUCCAUGGGCAAAGAUAUGAAACGGGCUGUUCGCAGUGCCGUUCGCUUUGUUGAAGCUGGUAUCAAGACCAGCUCAGAACUUGGCCAGGGCAGUGGACCCAUCAAUCACUUCCACUCGAUGUAUACCAUGCCAUUUGCACCCGGCCGUUUUCUGGAAUACAUUCUGGACCUCCCUAGCGUCCACAAGACUUGGGAAAGGUUUAUAAAGCAUGACUUUGUCGAAGGGAUGGGUCAAGGGACAUUGCCCGUUGAACGGUUCAAAGAAUAUCUUGUGCAAGAUUAUCUCUACCUGGUCCAAUUCGCUCGCAGCAAUGCUCUCGCAUCUUACAAGUCUUCCGACAUGGACUCAAUAGCAGCGUCUGCUCGAAUCGUUCUUCACAUUCAGCGGGAAAUGUCCCUUCAUCUUGAUUACUGCGCUUCUUUCGGCUUAUCAAAGCAGGAGAUGGAGUCUCAUCCCGAGACAAUUGCAUGCACCGCCUACAGUCGAUACAUCCUGGAUGUUGGCCAAUCUGGGGACUGGCUUGCCCUUCAAAUGGCCCUGGCUCCGUGUCUCAUUGGCUAUGGUGCUGUUGCCCGACGACUGCACUCGGACAAGAAUACCCUGCGAGAGGGUAACCAGUACUGGAAGUGGAUUGAAAAUUAUGUUGCCGAUGACUACACAGAAGCUGUACGCCUUGGAUCAGCCCUGCUUGAAGACCAUGUCCAAAAAGUAUCUCCCAAUCGCCUGGAAGAGUUGAUCCGGAUUUUCAUUCGGGCCACUGAAUUAGAAAUUAAUUUCUGGGACAUGGGGCUGAGCUCCCAGAAAGUCUCUCGCGGUGGUGACAACGGCUACUCAGGCGGUGGCGGCUACGGCGGCGGUGGCUACGGCGGUGGCGGUGGUUACGGCGGCGGUGGAUACGGUGGUGGCCGCGGCGGAUACGGUGGUGGUGGUGGCUACGGCGGUGGUGCUGGCGGUGGUGACCGUAUGAGCAAUCUGGGUGCUGGCCUGAAGACCCAGGACUGGGACAUCAACAACCUGCCCAAGUUCGAGAAGUCCUUCUACAAGGAGCACCCUGAUGUUUCUGCCCGCUCCGAGGCCGAAGUUGAGGCCUUCCGCAAGAAGUCCGAGAUGGUUGUCCAAGGACGUGGUGUGCCUCGCCCUGUUGAGACCUUCGAUGAGGCCGGCUUCCCUGCCUACGUUCUGUCUGAGGUGAAGGCCCAAGGUUUCGAGCGUCCCACAGCCAUUCAGUCUCAGGGUUGGCCCAUGGCCCUCUCUGGACGUGAUGUUGUCGGUAUCGCCGAGACUGGUUCCGGAAAGACUCUGUCUUACUGUCUUCCCGCUAUCGUCCACAUCAACGCCCAGCCUCUUUUGGCUCCCGGUGAUGGCCCUAUUGUUCUCAUUCUGGCUCCCACUCGUGAGCUUGCUGUUCAGAUUCAGACUGAAAUCAGCAAGUUUGGCAAGUCCUCUCGCAUUCGCAACACUUGCGUUUACGGUGGUGUUCCCAAGGGUCCUCAAAUUCGCGACCUCUCCCGCGGUGUUGAGGUCUGCAUUGCUACCCCUGGUCGUCUGAUUGACAUGCUUGAGGCUGGCCGCACCAACCUCCGUCGUGUUACCUACCUGGUUCUCGACGAGGCUGAUCGUAUGCUUGACAUGGGUUUCGAGCCCCAAAUUCGCAAGAUCAUUGGUCAAAUUCGCCCUGACCGUCAGACUUGCAUGUGGUCUGCUACCUGGCCCAAGGAGGUCCGUCAGCUGGCUAAGGACUUCCUCAACGACUACAUUCAGGUCAACAUUGGUUCCAUGGAUCUGUCGGCUAACCACCGCAUCCAUCAAAUUGUCGAGGUUGUCCCCGAGUUCGAGAAGCGUGACCGCAUGAUCAAGCACAUGGAAAAGAUCAUGGAGGACCGCUCCAACAAGAUCAUUAUCUUCACUGGUACCAAGCGUAUCGCUGACGAGAUUACUCGUUUCCUGCGCCAGGACGGAUGGCCCGCGCUUUCCAUUCACGGUGACAAGCAGCAGCAAGAGCGUGACUGGGUUCUCAAUGAAUUCAAGUCGGGCAAGAGCCCCAUCAUGGUGGCCACUGACGUGGCUUCCCGUGGUAUUGAUGUGCGCGACAUCACUCAUGUCCUGAACUACGACUACCCCAACAACUCGGAGGACUAUGUCCACCGUAUCGGUCGUACUGGCCGUGCCGGUGCCAAGGGUACCGCCAUUACUUUCUUCACUACUGAAAACUCCAAGCAAGCCCGUGAUCUGGUCACUAUUCUCACUGAGGCCAAGCAGCAGAUUGACCCCCGUCUCGCCGAGAUGGUCCGCUACAGCGGCGGUGGCGGUGGUGGUGGUCGCUGGGGCGGUCGUGGCCGUGGAGGCUGGGGUGGCCGUGGCCGCGGUGGCGGCGGCGGCGUCACUGCCUCCAACGCUGCUCCCCUCGGCGGCGCCCGCCGAUGGUAA